CUCAAAUACCAGAUCGAGGUCUUGCGUGUUCCCUACGGGCUCGAGACUUGGUCUCUGCGCCGCGGUUGGAAUGACAAGAUUCGCACAGAGGCCGAGGAGUAUCAGGGAGUGUCGUUCAGUCCCAAGGAAGGUGUCAAACACAAACGAUUGGAGGACUGCACCACGGUCAUCCGAUUCCUGGCGCUCAAAGGUUUUCUGCAGCGAGGCUACAUGCGCCCCGAGAACCAAAUUCUUGCGGAAGUUUCCGACGAGUUGGACGGCAAGACGGUGCUGGACGAAGUCGCUACAUCAACGGAUAACAACAGCGAAGACAGCACGACGGUGAUGUCAGCAGCAAGUACUUCUUCGUCGAGUUCUACUUCAAAAUCGCAUAGGUCCUCCACCUCGAACAAGAGGUCGAAGAUGCGACGGCCGGUGUACUUUGCGCAGUUUGAGUCUGCGGUCGGACAGAUGCGGGGCGUUCUGUCCGAGUUCCUGUGGUUCCUCGCCCGCGACUACAUCAUGGACAACGGACUGACCAUGAGCUACUGUGCACGCAAGGAGAUGAUCGUCACCUUCAAGACGGUGGCGCGCGCGUGGCGGGGCUGGUGGCCCAAGCGCAACGUGAUCAUGCCGAUCACGGGCACGCUCACGCACCUGAUGCGCAACCCGAAGUCCGUGUACGCCCUGGAUUUCGACAUCGAUGUCGGGUUGUGCCAGAUGCGGCUGCCGCAGGACAACGAGGGCGAGUUGCGAUGGCGGGGGCAGCUGGCCAGCGCGCAGUUUUGCAAGAUGCACCUGGCCAAGCUAG